AUGAUGGUGGUGGUCCUCCUGCUCCAUGGGCUGCUGCUCCUGCCCUUGGCAGGGCUGCUGCUGUACAAGUACAACACCACCUUUCACUACUUCUGCAAGGUGGCCUUUUUCUACUGCUGGCUCGUGGCCAUGGCCACUGUCCUGUCCCCCUUCGCGGCUCUUCGGGGACGCUCCGUGGAGAACAUGAAGCUCCUGCGCGCCGCGAUCCUGCCCCUCAAACGCUUCUGUGGCAUCAAGAUGCAGGUGAGGGGCACAGAGCACCUGAACAUCGAGGAGCCCUAUGUGAUAGUUUGCAACCACCAAGCUUCCCUUGACCUCCUGGGCAUGGUGGAGGUCAUUCCUGAGCGCUGUGUGCCCAUUGCCAAGAAGGAGCUGCUGUACAUGGGCACUGUGGGCUGGGCCUGUUGGCUCACUGGCAUCAUCUUCAUCGACCGCCACAGACGAGACGCUGCCAUCGAUGUCAUCUCCCAGACAGCCAGGACCAUGUGGCGUGAAAACCUCCGAGUGUGGGUUUUCCCCGAAGGCACCAGGAACCAGAACAAAUCCAUGCUGCCCUUCAAGCGUGGGGCUUUCCACCUGGCUGUGCAGGCUCAGGUUCCCAUCUUUCCCAUUGUAAUCUCCCCGUACCGGGACUUCUACAGCUCCAAGGAGAAGAGGUUCACCUCUGGCACGUGCACCAUCCGAAUCCUGCCCAAGGUGGAAACGCGGGGCCUGAGGCCGGAGGAUGUCCCCGAGCUGACCGAGGCUGUGCGCAGGGCCAUGGCUGAUGCCCUGGCUGAGAUGUCUGGGGACCAGGGUGGGGGCACGAGCAGCCCCCAGUGCCAGGAGGACUCAACUGGGACCACUUAUUAGGCAGAGGGAGCGAGUCCCUCGGGGACACAAGGGAGGUGGCACAGCCAGAGGCUGGGCCAUGCUGUCCCCUUGUCCCCUGAGGACGUGUCCACCAGCCCUGCCACCGCCCCGGCAGGACGGUGCCCUGGUGCCAGGGGAGCAGAGCAGUGCAGGACAGGGACCAGGCAGCUCCCCAAAAACAGAGCAAGGUGCCCCCCAAAACCCCUGGUUAUGGCUGUGCAUCCCCUGUGUCCCCCACGCCUGGAGCUGUGUCUGUCCCCCGGGAUGGCUCCUGCCUGCACAGUGGGCAGGGGGUGUUGCUCCAGGCAGGGCUGGGGGUUCACAGCACCAUUUUCCACCCCUGACUUCCCCCAAGGGCGUGCUGGGUUCUUCUUCCAGAGGCUCCUAAAAUGCUGUUGGGAUACAGCCAGCUCUGGAGAGGAGUCCAGAGUGCUGCAUGUGGCCUGGGGGGACACAAGCUCCAGGGGAUGUUGCCACGUGGGAAGAGCAUCCUCGACGCUGAGUUGUGAGCCAAGGCUGCAAGAUUAAACAGGCUGUAGCUGGU